AUGGGAGAAAUCCUCCGUCAUGCCGGCUACGGGGUGAACUGCGUAUCCUCGGCCGUCGAGGCCCUCGCCUGUCUGGCCAACCAGGAUUACGACGUCGUCAUCACCGACCUUCAGAUGCCCGGCAUGAGCGGUCUGGAGUUCAUCCGCGAGAUCGAACAACGUCGCCACGGCGCUCAAGUCGCCAUGGUCACCGCCCACGCCACCGUUACUUCGGCCGUCGAAGCCAUGCGGCACGGGGCCUUCGACUACAUCGAAAAACCGUUCGACGUCGAACAACUCGAACACCUCGUCGCUCGCGCUCUCGAACAUGGGCGGCUCCUCGAUAAGAACCCCAGCGAUGCAGCAUCGUCCGGCUCCUCCACCAUCGAGAUGAUCGGCACCAGCCGUGCCAUGCUGGCCCUCCGCGAACGCAUCGCCCAGGUGGCGGUCACUUCCGAAACAGUGCUCAUCAGCGGAGAAAGCGGCACCGGCAAAGAGCUGGUCGCCCGGGCGAUUCACGCCGGCAGCGGUCGCUGCGAUGCCCCGCUUGUGAGCCUCAACUGCCCGGUACUCUCCGACCACUUGAUGGAAAGCGAACUCUUCGGUCACGAGCGCGGUGCGUUCACCGGCGCCGAUGGCCCACGCACCGGGCGUUUCGAACUGGCCGACGGCGGCACGAUCCUCCUGGACGAAGUCACCGAGAUCGACCUUCCGCUGCAAGCCAAGCUGUUGCGUGUGCUGCAGGAACGCACUUUCGAACGCGUCGGUUCGAGCAAAACCCAAUCGAUCGACGUUCGCGUGCUGGCCACCACCAACCGUCAACUUCGCGACGAAGUCUCCGCCGGCCGGUUCCGCGAAGACUUGUACUAUCGCCUGAACGUCCUCCCGCUCAUCGUCCCCCCGUUACGCGACCGCCGCGAAGACGUGCCCGCGUUGAUCGAGCACUUCCUCCACCGCGCCGCCACUCGAUUGAAUAAGCCGGCCUGCGAAGUUGCAGACACGGCCACCGACCUGCUGGUCAACUAUCACUGGCCGGGCAACAUUCGCGAACUUGAAAACAUUGUCACCCGGGCCUGCGUGCUGAACACCGGCGCCCCGAUCGGCCCCGACGAACUCCGCCCCUGGCUCAUCGACUCCGACGCCGGCGAUGAGCCGGUGAGCGUUGGUGCCACCCCCGGCGUAAGUCUGCACGAGAUGGAACGCCAACUCAUCGAAACCACACUCGAACACUUCGACGGGCACCGUGCCAAAACGGCCGAAGCUCUCGGCAUCGGAAUUCGCACACUCUCCGGCAAGCUCAAGUCCUACGGUUAUGCCCCCAGGGCAAAAGCUCCCUCGCCCACACCAAGCAAACAGAGGGUGGUCAACUUCACCGAGAAGCGCCACGAGAUCCUGGCCGGAAACGUCGCGAACAUCGACACGCCAGGCUAUCGCGUCCGCGAUCUUUCGCCCGACCGCUUCGAGUCGCGACUCGCUCAGGCCAUCGAACAGCGUGAUCAGCGGCAUUCGAGCCAAAACUUCAGCGGCGUGUCCAGCUCGCACGAAAACCCAAUCAACGAAGUCGACGAAGAGUUCCCCCGCAUGCUGUACCACGACGACAGCAACGUCGUGCUAGAAGAGCAAGUGAUGGAACUCAGCAAGAAUAAACAACGACAUAACCUGGCCAUCACGGUGAUGGUCAGAUGCUUCCCAGCAGAAACAGGUGCCCCCAUGUUGUCAGCUUUCGAUAUCUCGACCAGCGGAUUGCUUGCACAACGCACGCGUUUGAAUGCUAUCUCGAGCAACAUCGCCAACAUCAGCACCACGCACAACGAAGCCGGCGAGCGCGUACCUUACCAACCUCGCUUCACCGUUUUUCAAACCGAUCACCAGCCGAACUAUCCCGAAGGAGCGGCUGGCGUUAAAGUCAGCUCGAUUGAAAUGGAAAACGUCGAGCCACUGCUACGCUACGAGCCCAAUCACCCCGACGCCGGACCCGACGGAAUGGUGGCUUACCCGAACGUCAACCUGAUCCAAGAGUCCGUAGACGCCAUGGAAGCUUCCCGCGCAUACGAAGCCAACAUCGGUGUCUUCGAAAUCACGAGUAAUUUGGCGGAGCAAACCCUGCGGAUCCUCGCGUAA